UCGGGAUACAUUAAUGCACAAAAUUUUGCAAACAACGUGAGAUUGAUGAAUAACAAAAAAAACAUAAAAACAUCUGGAAAAUGGCAAAAGUUGUGGCGUCUAGAUUUGCUCUGUUAAAAGUUGAAGGAGAUGAUGAUGACAAGGAAAAGAAAGCUGCCCAAAAAGCUACCAAUGCACAGACCAACAAGAAAAAGAACAAAAAGAAGAAAGGCGGCCAACAAGAUGAGGAGUUGCGGAGUUUGGCGUUUGGUCGACCAACAUCAGGCCAGCAAAGGCCAAACAAGAAAAAGACAGCAGCUCCCUCAGAGGAGGAGUGGGAAAAAUGGCAGGAAACUGAUAAACAGGUAACUGCCGAUGCAUAUGAAAAAGACCUACAAGAAGCACUAUUGCAAAGCAAAUUGGAAUUUGAGAAAAAAGAACAGGCCAAGAAGACUGUGCCUGAGACAGGGCCUCUUGAAAUCCUGACCCAGGGAAAAGAGGACAAAAAGAAGAGAAAGCACAAAGAUAAGCCAGCCACGAUGAGUCUCGACGAAUUCAACCAGAUGAAUGCAGAGAAACCCAGUGGCUUCCCUGAUGAGUUAGACGAGAUCCCCAGUCCUGUACCUCCCCACACAAACGGUGCAGAGAUCGAUCCCAAAUUCUUCUCCCACCUCGACGACAGUGUUCAAAAGAUUAUACAGAAAGAAAAAAUACAGGAGGAAUAUCAAAAGCAUUUUGCAGUUGAAAGUGUUGUCUCAGCAAAACAUAAAAAGGAAAUGGAGAAAAAAGACAAAGAAAUAGAGUUUCUAAGAACAUCUAUGAAGAAGUUAGAGGAGGAAUACAAACAAGUCAAGAAGAGGAACAAGCAGCUAUGUGUAAUACUGGCUCAGGGAGAAAUGAAGGAUAAGGCAGAAGUUCUGAUGCAGGUGGAUCAACUAACUCAGGUCAAGGAUGAACUCACAGAACAGGUAGCUGAGUUGACAGCUGAGUUGGAAAAAGAAAGGUCAAAAGUUCACAGUCUCAAGUCAGAAGUUGAUAAAUUUAAGGGAGGCAAACAUGUUGGGAAAUGAUCGGUGCAAUGAAAACAAUACAGGAACUCAAAGAACUCUAGAAAAAAAAGCCAGUUUUGUUUUUCUUCAGUUCAUCAUAAGAAAAUGUGACAAUGGCUGUUCCAGACUUAUUGUUUCCAAGUGAUGCAAAGGAAUGAGAAGUCUUGUAGCCGAGCAGUGUUGUGAGACGUAAAUUGGAGAAUUUUAUCAUAAUGGUUCUUUUAUAUUUUUUCAUUAAAUUGUUUUUUUCUGAUGAAAAAAAAAUUCCCUUGA